AUGUCACCACCCGAAAAUUCCGCGCCCCCGGCUCCUGAUACCUGCUCUGAAACCCUCGAUGAUUGGCAGGACGAAUUCACGGAACCACCCACCCGGAAUCCUCUUCAAAAUAACGAGCCAAUCCCUAUUGAGCCAAUGUCCCCAGGCGCCCGUCUGAAUUACAUUGAACACCUACUACUAGACGACGAUCAACCUGCCGUGGACGCUGAAAACGACUGGAAUUUUAUGAACAUUUUCGGUAUGAGACACCCAUUUGGACUUCGAGAGGACAAGAGGCUGCCUCCAGAUGCUUGGGAGCUGGAGCGACUAGACCUGGAGCCCCUAAGAGCUCCACCGAUGAUGAAAAACAACAAUGAAAAUUUUUCAAGAUUCGACUGCAAAAUCUGCUACCACGGAUACAACGGCACUACGAGAACGCCCAGAAUUCUUGCAAAAUGUGGACACACUGUUUGUGAGGUGUGCGCACACCAACUACUCAAAGAGAACGACUUUGAGUGUGCGGAUUGUCCAUUCUGUCGGAAGGUCACUCUGCUGGAUGAGGAGGAUGUGGAGCUGCCGAAGAACUAUGCGUUGAUGGAGAUUAUGGGCAUUUGA